AUGCAUAACCUGCUCUCUGCCGGGAAAGCCUGUAUGAUCAAAGAAGAGAGCUGUCAAGGGCAAGCUGGGGACGUCGGAGGCAGGGGAAAUGACGAGGGACGCUUCCCAGCCGAGGCCUGCAGCUCGGGCUCCUGCCAGGGCGCGAAGCCCUGCUCCCCCGCGCACCUCUGCGUCCAGACUUGUGCGGCGGCUCCAGUGCAGCCUGUCCGGGCUCUCCUCCCGGAGAUCGCGCUGCUUUUGUCUGCAGCUCGGUUCACGCCAGAAAACACCACGGCUGGCCGUGCCUGUUCAGGGGUCACGAUCAAAGGGCAGGCUGUCGGAGGCAAGAAGCAAGGACCCUUUUUUAGGAUGCCUACGUCCUUGAGAUUCAGGUUCAGAUCAGCACUCGGGGCUCACCUGUCCCCUAGUCUUGGGCACCCGGGCGCCUUCCCCAGGCGGCAGGCGCGGUCACGUGGCCGCCUUCCCAGCAGCGGGGGGAGCCCGCCCCUCCCCCUCCCGUCUGGGGAAUCGGGUUACCUGGAAUGUCAGGCCCGCUUCUCCCGGUCUGGGCGGAGGCCGGAAGGGCUGGGACAAUGGCCGCGCGGAGCACCCCUUCCUCCUUCCUUCCUGUCGAGUGUUCUGCCUGACUACACAAACUCAAUGCGCGCGGCUCCCCCGUUGCAAGAAGUGGACUUGACCGGAGCUAAAACCAACAAAGGCAGAUUCUGGUGGGAGCUGCGGAAGCGCCGGGCACUGAGUCAACAGGCGGGCUUCAUUGAAAUGCAAAUGGCGCGGCCGCGGCCCCGGCGCGCCACCUCCCGCCCCUUAACUUCUCAACCCCCGCGCCGCGCCGGCCUGAAUGGGCCCAUUGACGCGCCCGGCCGCCCGCCCCGCCGCGCGCUGGCCCGGCCGCCCGGGGGCCUCUGCGGGCGCGCAGUGGGACCCGCCGGGGCGCUCAGACCUCGCGAGCUUUUGUCAUCGCCUUCAUUCCCGCACACCGUCAUCGCGUCCUCCCGCAUCCUCAUCUCCCUCGCUCCCAGACCCAACCAGGCAGUUAGACUGGAGGACUCCAUUCCCUCACAGAAUUUUCUCAGAACUCUUGAGAACCAGAGAGCCAAGGCUUACACCCCAGAGGCUACUGUUUCUGUCUGUGUGUCUGCGGGGAACGGGCCACGUGACGGGAAUAACAACAAUGAUGAUGAAGCACCUGUGCUGACAGUGCGCAUGAGCCAGGUGCCCUGCGUCUCUGAGGUCACUGGGGCGCACGGCAACCCCGGGAGGGAGGCCGUGCUGCCCCGGGUCCUGCACUUCCUUCCCGCGCUCGUCCCCCAGCUGCGGGGUGACACGACUCCCCCACGCAGCAGCGCCAUCUCCUCCGCUGGCAUCUGUGGCCAUUGUUCGCAGCCACUUCCUUCACCUCUUGGCGUCACAGGCUGUCGUGUGUGCCCUGCUCCAAGACAAGAGAUCCACAGCCGCACGAAUUCUACCCACUUCUGUUUCUAUCAGUCAACACAGAUGGGCCUUUCUGGGAGUUGUUUUCCAGGGAAUUUGUACCUCCUUUCUUUUCCUGGGCUGUUUUCACCCGCCUGUCAUUCAUUUUCUAGCCACGUGUAG